AUGCCACCGAGGACAUGUCAAUUCUGCCAGAACGCCAGAGCGAUCAUUAGAAGACCAAAGACGGGAGAUCACGUCUGCAAAGAGUGCUUCUUUAACGUGUUUGAGACCGAAGUUCAUAACACUAUUCAAGAGGCAAAGCUUUUCAAGCCAGGCGAUCGGGUCGCUAUUGGUGCUUCGGGAGGAAAAGACUCUACAGUGCUCGCUCAUGUGAUGAAAACGCUCAAUGAGAGAUACGACUAUGGGUUAAACUUAUUUCUCCUAUCAAUAGACGAGGGAAUCACCGGGUAUCGAGAUGACUCACUAGAGACAGUCAAACGGAACCAACAGCAAUACGAUCUACCACUCAAGAUACUUAGCUACAAAGAGUUAUACGGAUGGACUAUGGACGCUAUUGUGGAACAGGUCGGAAGAAAGAACAACUGCACAUUCUGCGGGGUAUUUAGAAGACAGGCACUGGAUCGUGGUGCAGCAAGCUUGAACGUUGACCAUAUCGUGACCGGACACAAUGCGGACGACAUUGCCGAGACCGUACUGAUGAACAUUAUGCGCGGGGAUAUUGCUCGUCUUGGACGUUGUACACUGAUCUGCACACAAGGCGAAGACACAAUACGCCGCUCAAAGCCUCUCAAGUACGCUUAUGAAAAGGAGAUCGUAAUGUAUGCAUACUUCAAGAAGCUGGAUUAUUUCUCGACCGAGUGCAUAUACUCCCCGGACGCGUAUCGAGGUCACGCAAGAAGCUUUCUCAAGAGCUUAGAGGUCGCACGACCGAGUGUUAUUAUUGAUAUCAUUCGCUCUGGCGAAGCCUUCGAAGUGGCUCAGGAAGUCGUCAUCAAAGAGCAACGGAAGUGUAGUCGAUGCGGAUACAUUGCAAGCAAUGAGCUAUGCAAGGCAUGUACCCUUUUAGAGGGUCUUGAACGAGGGAUACCCAAGCUCGGCAUUCGAGAUGGAAAGCGGAAGAAGAUUGAGAUUGAGGCUACUGAGCCUGACGGGCCUCUCAGAACGAUACCAAUGUUCAAGCUUCCCUCUGUUAUGGAGAACUCCCAAGCUGCUCGAACAGAGACGACAGCUCCUUCGUGA